AGAUGAAGGUCUGCCCGUGAUAAUUAUCCUAAUGUAGCGAAUGACUGUGGAUAGACAACAUGCAGCUGCGGCGUGUCUGUGGCUCAUCGGCGUGGGUGGGAAGUGACAUUCCUCGCAGGAGGGGACGGCGUGCUUUUAGAUGCUGCGGCUGCAUCGCUCUCAUCUGCGUGAGCCAGAUAAAAGAGCCUUCUUCGUUGUAAAUGAACCUGUUGAAUUCUUUCACUGGAUUUCUGGUCUGAGUUUGGAAGCUUGGCAGUCGAGGAGAAUGAAUCUCUGCUUACGGGGAAUAUGCUGUGUUUCAUGUCAUGUAUCCCAUGAGUCUGAAAUGUUUUGGCAUCAGUGCCAGGAUCUGACAGUGUGGCAUCGCAGGUUUCUCCCGCCGGGCCUCGGUUGCUGAUCAUGUGUAACACAUUCAACUGUUAACUCGACCUCAGAGUUUGACGUGACGUGGAGGAGAGAUGCAAGGAGCGACUCCAGGCUCCUUCCAAGCUGAUACCCAGUUUAAGAAUGAACCUCAUCCUCCAGCAUCCUCCUUCAGCUCCGGUCUGACCACGACCGCAUCGGCCAAGAGAAUCACUUUCUACAAAAGCGGCGACUCCCAGUUCAAAGGCGUCAAGAUGGCCAUCCACAAACGCAGCUUCAAAUGCUUUGAUGCAUUACUAGAUGACCUUUCCCAAAAGGUUCCUCUGCCUUUUGGUGUGCGUACCAUCACGACCCCCCGGGGCACCCGCAGCAUUAAACAUUUAGAGCAGUUAGACGACGGAGGCUGUUACCUGUGCUCCGACCGCUGCUACGUGAAGCCAAUCAACAUGGAAGCUGCGGGGAAGAGGCCGACAGUCUGGUACCACAGUCAUCCUCCCAACGCUCGCAGGAAACCCUCCCGACCCGAGGACGCCCCCUCUGGACACCAGCAUCGUCACCCAAAAAGGAUCGUACUGGUGAAGAACACUGAUCCUGCGGUGAGACGUUCCGUCCUUUUGAGCAGAAGAACCGCACGCAGUCUGCGUGUCUUCAUGGACGAGAUUUCCGAGCUCAUGCAAUGUAAUGUUAAGAAACUUUACACACUGGAGGGAUGCAAGAUUGACAGUAUUCAGAGUCUAAUGCAGUGCCCCAGUGUGUUGGUGUGUGCAGGUCGAGAACCCUUCAGACCUCUGCUCGUGGAGAAUUUAAGGACGCUCUCGGACGAAAGACUCCCUGGAAUGGGCACAAGGUCUCGGUCCAGCGUCUGCAGUGAAGGCCACGAAAACAAAAAGAAUGUUAACUUUGGCCUGGAGACAAAGAAAAGCAUCAUCCAUCCCAGAUCCGACUCCAGUAAUAGGUCGACAAGAUUCUCUCUUUCUUCAGAGAAGUCCUACCAGAAUGGAUUAUGCAUGACGCCUGGACAGUUGGCCUGCGUCAGCACCUGCCCCUACGUUAAAGAAAUGUCAGUGAACGAUGACAUUGAAAAGAGAGUGCUUGUUAACAAAGACGGCAGUCUUUCUGUCGAGAUGAGAGUUCGUUUUCGGCUCUUCAGCGACGAGACACUCCAGUGGUCCACUGAGAUCAAAAAGUCAUCGACCAAACUGACCGACAGCGGCUCUGCGAACGAAACCACCCAACGUUAUCUUCCAGCUAAAGCUGAAUGUUCAGAGCCAGACUCCAACUCUCCAUCCGAGACUGAGGAGGCGUUCGCGACAAAACUCCAUAAGAAGCAUCUUGAGGAAUCACUACGUCAAAACUGUUGCAACCACUGCCAAGAGUAUGACAUUUGGAAGAACCCCAUGCACAAAGACCCAGGGGUCUGCAAAUCACUGAGUUCCAGUGGAUCGUCUCAGAAAAUCAGGUGUAAAAAGACGUCGCUGGAUAGUACGCAUGCAAUUUCUCGUUCCAGUGAGGAGUACACCGAGCACGUGGUGGAAAAGGCAUCAUGCUUUCAGCAGACCGUGGAAGAAGAAGAGACGAGAGUCGAGUACUGCGCGAGAAGUCGUUGCUGCAGUCGCGGUGAAGUAUUAGCUUCGAAGAGUAGGAGGUUGUGUAAGGAUGGCUGUGAGAGUUGCGCUAAAAAUAAAUGUUGUUAUAGUGACAUCAGAGAACCUGGCACUGAGCUGUCUCCAGCACAGCAUUAUGAGGUUACUGAAGAGCGGGCGAUCUCAGCGGUCAGCAACUCAUCCAAAGUGCUUGAGUGUUUGAAGGACGAUCAGGAUGAUGAAUACGAUGACCUACCUCCAAGCAUCUCGAGAGCUUCGAACUGGUCUCAGAGUGACCAUGUUGAAGGUGAUGUUCAGUCCAAAUGCAUCCAUUGUUGUGGCUGUCAGACGUCACCAAGAUCUCAUUUAUCCCCCAGACCUCCUAGUAAAGUAUCAAGCGGUGCUGUUCGCUCUUUACGAUCCAAAAAAUACAAAACCACGUUAGCUGAGACAGACGGGCUGGUGAAUCAGGCAGCGAGGACAACAUCCGCAAUCUCGAACGUGUCCUCCAGAUCCCCCGCUUGUAUCUCAAGUUCACCUGCAUCUAUUGGGCAGCGCCGGGCUAAGAGGGGAGCUAGAAGUAUAAUUUCCAGACACAGCCGAGUGUCCUGUAAAUCUGAAGGCCAAAUAAAAACCCCUACUGCAUCAGAUGCUCUGGAGAUAUGUGAGGAUGGAAAAGUGCAAGAAAAUGGAUAUAUAAGUGCCAUGCCAGUAAAGUCAAGUGUAUGUUUGUGGUGUGGUGAAUCAAAAGGACUAAGGAAUCCAAAGAAGACAGAAUCACAGAAUGCAGAGAAAGAUGGUUCUUUCACAAGUAAAGAUCCUCAGGAAAACUGUAAAGCUAUUAAUAAUUAUAAAUCAGAUAGGGAACGUUCUGAGACUGCACAGUCUAAGCAUUCAGAUGCCUCUGCUGCCUCAAACAACUCAAAACUAUCAAACCACAUCGGUCAUGAAAAGUGUCCUGAAGCAGAAACCUCUGAAGAAAGAGCCAAGAGUGGCAUGUCAACAAAAUCUGGAUCUGCAGAGUCGACCAAAUCAAAGACAAACUGCAUCAUUGUAGAUCGAGAACCAACACCGACAUGUCUGUCAGAAGCAAAAUCAGAUAGUGCCACGUCCAAUAAAUCAAACCCGUCCUUUGAACAUCGACCCCUUGCAUCAGAAGAGAACAAGAGCUUUGUCAAAAUGUGUUGUAAGCUUUUAGAGACAAAAGCCACUGAAGACUCUAGUUCUGCUGAUAUUCAAAGUGACAAUGAAGAGGGAUCAUGUAAAACUCCUCUGAAGUCAAAUGCAUCAUCAAAACAUUCAUACAUGCAGAAAAAAGACAGCAAUGGCAGCCUUUCUACCACUGAAUCGAAUGAGAGAGUGCCUAGUGAAAUGUCAAACACUUCUAGUGCAUCUUGUAAGUCUGACAAAUCAAGCCACAACCUUCCAGAAACCACUGUUACCUCCAUACCUGAAAAAGCAGAUGACUGUGAAACUCCUAUAAUUGUGUCAAAGAACGCCACCUGCGCAAUGUCUCACACCUCCAUCAAAAUAACAACCCCUGAUGCACCUGCGUCCCAAGAGAUGAAAGCAGAAGAAGAUGACAAAGACAUGACACAGAAUGCCUUGACUGUGACCUCUCCAUCACCUCGAAGGUCUCCGUCCCCAAGUAGAUCAAAAUCAACCAAGACUAAAGUUAAGCAGGGUAACAGCAGAGAAACAAGUGGAAUGUCAUUCAACUCCAAAGUCUCCUCACGUUCACAAAAAUCCAGUAAAUGUCAUUGUCACAGCUCCACGGGUAGUCAUUUAGGAGAGUCCAAGACCCAAAGAGAGGGUGUCGAAGAUGAAUCCGAAAGAGUUUUGAGUAGAUCGUCUGGAAAAUCACAUCUGUCAGCUCAAUCAAACGUAAAUAAUGUGAAGUCUUUAUGCAGCCAGUUUGAUGAGCCUUUGAGCCCAACGUCCACAGCAUCUGUCUCUCUUGGACUGCCUGAAGAACACAAGUGUGAUGACUUUGAAGAACAGUCUACCAAUGACAUCACAGAGGAUGCUGGAUGUAAGUUAGAGGUUGUAAACUAUCUGGAUGUUGAGGAAAGGCCAAAGACUGCGAUAUCUGUGAGCUCUCAAAUAUCAAAAAAGACUGAUUACAGUACGUGCAAGACUCCUUUGCAAACCCUCUCACCCGUCUCAGCCGAAAAAGUGAAGUCAGCAGAUAUGAAGACGAGCAACAACAUCAGAUCCUCCUCCGCUUUAUCAGCAUCAUCUUCGCGUAGCAAGUCACCGGGAAGUACUAAAACCGCAACUGUGAAAGAACAUGACACCACCCGAGCGGAAAUGACUGAAACCGACAAAGCAUCCAACAAACAAUCCUCAAAACAUCACAGUGAAAGAUCCUCUGGACAGACUACAACAGCACGUGAUUGUUUAGCUUCUUUAAAAGCUUCUGAAUGUUCAGAGAAGUCCAAAAAAGAGACAUCUAAACAUUCUUCAAAAAACAAUGACCUCAUCUGUGAUGAAGACAAUAAUGGCAGCCUUAAAACAUCCAAAUCCGACAAGAGAUCUGUGAAAGAAGACACAUCCAAGCCAAAUUCAGUAGUGAUGUCUGACAUUUCCCAAAAGUGUACAAGUCUGCCACAAGAAAAUCAAAACAAACAGAAAGCAUCAAUCAUAAAUCCUGAUUCAAGCAACGUCGUUUUAUCAAAAGCUCUUUCAGCAGCUGACCUGUUAAGAGAAAUCAUUGCCAAUGCAAGACCAGUGAGUAGAGAAUCAAAGUCAAUCGCCUCCAGCAAAAACAUCGACAAGGUCGAGAAGAUAAAGGAGAGUAAAAGUGAAAAAAGGAGCAGGAGCAAACACAGGAAAGUCAGCAAUGCAUCAGAGCACAACAAUGAGGAACCAGAUUCCAUCAUGCCAUCAUACCUGCCGAACGCUUCCACAACAAAUGUUGUCAAUGACUGGCUUAUGAACAAUCCAAUUGACGGCUCUGCUUAUGAAAUGGACGUGGAAUUCACAGAAAAUACUGAGAUUCAAGGUGAGGAAGAAGCUUCGGGGGACAAAAGUGAAGCACCUGGAAACAUAACCGAAGUUGAGGAACCUCAUGAGGAGGAAAUUCAGAUGGAGAAUAACAUCACACAGUCGUGUGAUGAACGACCUCAGGUUGAAUCAAGUGAAUUGGACAAACAGUGUCCUUCUUCUGUUCAGGUCAUGAAAGUUUUACUGGGUCCGAAACUAGACAGAUGCAGAAGUUUACCUGAGGUUUCACCUGUGUAUGGAAGAAAGCUGAGCCGGUCAGCACAGGGGUUGCUUGACUGCCUUGCAAAUUUACAACUGAUUGAGUCAGACCCUAGAAAUGAAAAACAUCCUAAAAACCAUGAAGUCAUGACCAUCUUACAAUCGCUUUGGCUCCAGGAGCCUUCUGAUGAUGAACCAACUAAUCAAACCAAGAGAGAACAUCAGUCAGGAGAAGAUGAAUUCAACCUGCAGUCUUCAUCUGGAGUUGAUGUAAGCAGUGGCUCCACGGGGUCUGUUAAAGGUACCAUGAGUGGCGUGGUAGAAAAAUCUGAGACAGCACAUGGUAAAAUAUCACCAAUUCCAGAACAGGAGGCUUUGAAUAAAGAUAAAGAUGAGGCUUUGAUGGAGAAUGGGAACACACCUGCCACAUGUGAAGAGACAUCCAACAUCUCAGAUCCAACAACUCCAGACAUUGCAGAGCAAGUCCAAGGGAGUCCAGAGAACAAAGAUGUCAAAGACAGUCAAGAAAAUACUGCUGUUGAAGAUGAUCAGAGCGUUGAGAAUAAAGAUGAAUCAGAUCAAACACAGCAGACAUCUUCGAACAAAAGCUCAGGGAAUGACAUGACAGAAAACAAAAGCUCGGGAACUCCACCAUCUCUUCAAAGAGCUCCGCUUGCUAAAAGAAUCUCACAAGACCCGGAUCCCGUCUGGGUGCUGAACUUACUAAAAAAACUAGAGAAGCAGUUUAUGUUACAUUAUGUGGACGCAAUGGCCGAGUUCAAAGUGAAGUGGGAUUUGGAUGACAAUGAGAUGCUCAACGCAAUGAUCAGUGAACUGAAAGAAGAAGUACAUAAACGCAUUCAAUCGAGCAUCACUCAAGAGCUGCAAAAAAUCCAGAGUAGAGCCGGCAGGGGUCCGAGACCUCCUGGAAAUGCUCUGUCAAGAGAGUCCACCAUCCAAACUGAACAGAGACGCAGACGUCUUCGGGUGAUGCGCAACAAGUCUAUCACUUUCUCAAGGAGUGAGGACAUUUUCACAGCGUCUGGCACGGAAAAUAGCGAUCAACGGAGCGAUGACGAAUACUGCCCGUGUGAUGCAUGCAUGAAGAGGAAGAUGGCAUCCAGAGUGGCCCAACGGGCUGAGGUUUUGAGCUUGGCGCCUGUCAUGAUGGAAUUUGAUUUGAGAAAAAUACUGCAGAUGAAAAAGGCUCCAGUCAAACCUCCAGAACGGAAGGUAAAAGAUCAAAACACGGCCAAAGGGACCGGCAGAGGUCAAGAUAACAACUUAGAGGUGCUUCAUGAAGAAGUGGAGAAAGGGAAUAAUGACGUCAGACACUGUAGCAAUGCAGACGUAGACAACGAAGAGGCCAACGACAAAGGUAACGGUCAGGAUGUUUGUGAAGACCAUGAGACAAAAGAUGAAAAAUGUGAUGAGAAUGAUGGUGAAAAAGUGGAAGAAAAGAAAGCCGUAAGUGUUCAGGAGGAUGCUGAAAAAGAUGUAAAUGCAACAGAAGAUGAUGAUGAGAAGAAUGUUGAAGACAUUGCUGAGGUUGUAAAUGUGGAAAAUGCUGUGGAUGCUGAGGACGACAAAGACGUUGAGAAAAACAUGGAAACAACAGAGAAGACAACAGAAACUGAUGAGGAAACAAAAUCACAUGAGGAGGACAAACCUAUAAAGGAUGAGGCUGAAGAAACCAAAAAUUGGGAGGACCAACCUACAACAGAUUGUGAAUCUAAGUCAAAUAAAGGUGAUCUUUCUAAAAGUAAUGACGAUGAAAAAGAACAACAAAAUGAGAUGAACGAUGAUGGAAACCAGACUAAAUCUCCAGAGGAUGAAGUUGAAAAAGAUAAAGAAGAGGAUGAGGACCAACCCAUGACAUCAAGAGUAAUCGUCCAGGCUGAGGUCAGACAAGACCUAGAAAAUGAAAACGACAAACAUGAUUCUACUGAGGAAGCUUUUACUGAAGAUACAGAGAAAGACAAAUCUGCUGAAGGCAGUGGUGUUGAUUCUGAAAGAACAUCAAUGGAAUCCCAACUGGGAUCGGUGGAGAACCAUACGAAUCAGCAAGCUAAACUGCAUGAUCUUCAAAGUUUCAUGGAGAGCGUUGAAAGUCAAGGAGACAGUGUGGUUGUGAUCACCGAACAACCACCGUACAAAGAGAGCGACGAGUUACAUGGACGAGAUAACCAGAAAGACAUUAGCAAUGGGGUGAUGGAAUGGCAGAUUUCACCUAAGAUAAGAAACAAGACCUAUAGACGAAAGAAACUAAAGGACAGUGAUGAAAUUCUGAUGAAUGGAAAAUGAGUUUUAACAUCUCAUUUGAUGAUCUCUCAUGUGGAGCACUUUACCUUUGAUUGCUAAUGUUUCUUAAGACUGGACUUCAAUGUUUGGCGAGCUUGAAUUUAUAAUCUACUGCUGUGAGAAGAUUUUAAAGACAUUUCUUUAAAACAUAGUUCAAAGGUUAUUGUAUAUUUUUGAGUUGUUUCAACCCACCGUUGGGUGAAAUAUGAACAAAGCCAACCGUCGGGUUAAAAUGUCUUGGUUUGACCCAUCCAAGGCUUAAAACAACCCAACAUUUUUACGUCAGUGUUCUUCAGGUAAUAAAACUCAUUGUACUGAUAAAUGUUGAAAUCUCAGGGUGCUGAAAGAUAUUAUAUGCUGUAUUCACCCAAACCUCAACUAAGGUUAGUAUUGCUACAUUACAGCUACAAAUAGUUGACAUGCAUUAUUAUAAUAAGAAAACAAACGAUGUAAUGAUAUAAUAAAAAUAGGUUAAAUAAUGAGGUAUUGUCCUCAUUAACAGUGAAUUCAACAGGGGUUUCUAUAACUGUGGACGUCAGUAUGUUGUAAAGUCACAUGAUGUGUUGGUGCUGAUUGCUAUUGUAUCUUUAAAACAUAUCGCCAUGUCUGGUUUGUAAAAUAUUCUUGACCGAUGGUUGCUUUGUGUUGCUGUUUUUAACUGGAACGUUGAAUAAAUGCUCAACUCUGA